UUUUCCCUGAUGAGUCUUUGAAAAUCAAGUUAGUGACAGACUUGAUUUUUUAGUAAAAAAAAGCCAAACAAAGCAACAAUAAAAAACACAGAAACAAAUGUCAACUUAAACUUUGGUGAGCUGAUAUCAAAAUGCAUGGUGUUUGGUCAUAGAAACUUUAUUUUAAACUUCAAAUAGCUUUCUCUUAGCUUUUUUUUUUAUUUGUAAUAUCAGUUACGUGUUUAUUUAGAUGGCUUCUUUUUCACAUAGCUUAAAAGGGCACUUUGGAUUGGCAGUAGCUGGCACAUGGAUUAAUAUUUCAAGGAAUUCUAAGCAAUCGUAGCUGUUGCAGCAUUUUGAUUCGGUGGUCGGUCAGGGGAAGGUAGCAUUAACUUCGUGCAUUACCUAAAUUGUUUGUUUUUUUAACCUCCUGAGUUGCUUCAGAUAACUUUGUCCACCUUUCUGUCUGGAGUUGAUUGUAAGUUAAAGGCUACUUUAACAAAUAUGACUCACUGAGAGAUAACCACUAAUUAUGCAUUUGGCUUCUCUGGAAUAUGGGAUAAUGAUGGUAAUGAAUGGCUUUUAAAGUGUGUGUGCGUGCGUGUGUUCUUACAUCAGUUAUAUCCGUUAACUGCAAGAGUAAUGUUUAUUAUCAGAAGCCUUUUAUUUCAUUCUAACAGAAUUAUUUCUUUCAGAAGGUGGUAAUUUUCUAGUUAUUCUAGCUUAGGAAAAACUAAUAUCCUCAGGUAGAAGCAAGGCCUCUUGUUUCUGUGUGGACAAGUGGGGGGGAAAAAAAGCAUGGCCUUUUAUUAUUGAAGCACUAUCAACUUUACAAAUGAUUCUUUGAGGAAAUAAGAAAUUAAAACUGUUCCUUGAUUAAAAUUCACCAUGCACAGAAGAGAGGAAUAAAUCAUAAGUUGUUUCUGCCUCGUAAGUUAGGGCAUACAGGAGGACAUAGGGGAUGAUCUUAUCUGUGUUGUAGACCCUAGGAGGGUCAGAAAACAGUUAUGUUCGUGUAUUUGUCAAGAAACACCUGUUUUACUAGUUCAUUUCAGUGCAAAUUAUUUAAUGCUUAGCCACUACUAGCUUUAAGGAUCACGUCUGUCUUAAUUCAGAUUCGAGACAGUUUCAUGUACCUGAAAAAUUUUAUCCAUAUGAAACUGUAUCUCAACUGUUUUUUGUUUCCUGAUGAAGUGGUCUCAGAACUGGAGACAUAAAUAGCUUCAGGUUUAGACACCUAACUUGGAUGACAUUCAGCAGUCUGAAGUGAGCAGCCAUGAUUUCCUUUAUUAUAUAUAGGUGUUUUCUCAGUGUGAUUCAGCAUCAUAAGGCACAUGCUUAAAACAAAUAAGGAUUUCUCAAAAGCAGUCAUACUGUAGGGUGUGAAAAUGAAAUAGUUAAGUGAUGGGAGAGAGCUUAGUGCUGUCAGAAUUUGUUCUUACUUUAACAGGAAUGUGACACUGUGGCUGUAUUGACACUGCAUUGUCAUGUGAUGCGUGAUUUGCGUUAUAUGUUAUGCUUACUGUCCAAGCAGAUAAAUCAGACAGCAGAAAUUAAUUGUGACUUGAGUGGUACCUGAUGACAAACUUAAUGUACUUUCCUAGGACAGUGCUCAUUCCAGCUUAAAGAUUCAGUCUUGAACUGGGCAGGGGCAGCAGUUAAUGAGAUUCUUGUUUAGAGUGAUGGUGUAUGAGAAUCUGCAGAGUCUGGAAGGUGAGAUUUUCCAGUUUACAGGAUAGAAAUCUUGCAAGUUAUUUACGUGAUAUAAAGGGCAGCAGAUGUCCUUCAGAUUCAUAUUAUCACUCCCACACAGGAUGUUUUCAAAUAGGCUUUCAAAUAAGCUCUUGCACUAAUUUUGAACAAAUUGCCCAGGCUAGAACAAGACAGCUUGGUAGCUACUGUAUGUCCUCUGCAGGAAGAAAUGAGCAUUGUCUUGCAGUUCACUUCCUUGCUUCGUGUUCCUUCUAGGUAUUUUGUUAAAUGCAUGUAACUCUUAAAUUGUAGUACACUUAAUAGUUGCAUAUAAUUACACAUUAUCUGAAGUUUUCACUUAGAAGGAUUUGUUUGAUUUUGUUUUCCAAUUAACUUUCAAAUCCAUUUCACCUUUUCUGUUUGAUCCAGGCUCUCCCAGUUUUGAUCAGAUCUACUUUUAGUUGUAUAAAAUAAAUAUUUUUCAGAAUGUUAUGCCUAGUAACUGGGAAAAGAAUUCAAGACUAAUUUAGGCACAAGAAGCCCAAACUUAUUGAAUUGGAUGAGCUUUCAUUGAGUAAACUGAAUUAACAACAUAAGCUAAUGCUCACUGAUAAUGUGACAUCAGGUAGAUCUCUUUUCGGAAGCUAUGAUGGAGGACUUAAAGAUUUUCCACUGCAUUCUGUUUAUUUGCUUGCCAGGCUCUUGUCUGUAAUCAACUAUUUAACACUAGGUAGCGCCUUUCUCCUCUGUAUCAUGUUGCAAAAAUGACAAUCCAGAAGGCUGCUCUUGUGUUUGGAUCUUAGGCUUACUCUCCCUAUGCUGAGCGGGCACUUCUUCUGGGCUCCUUGGUUUCCUCCCCCACUCAGGUUCUGCCAUCAGUUCCUCUGUUCUUGCUACCUACUCAUUUAUCUGACCGUCGCUAUAGUGCUAAGCCUACUGAGAUUAAAAGAUUGUAUGCUUUAUUAAUGCCAAGCACUGAAUGUACUAGGGAAAUGGAUGGGCCACUUUUGUUUCUUAAAGAAUGUUAAAUUCUGUUUAUUGGAAACAAAUGGCAGAUUUCUAACUCCUGUGUGACUACAGUGAUCAGUUGAGUUAUGUACUUAUAAGGUCAUGUGGCAGGACAGGUCCUGCAUCUUUUCAAUCCAUGUAUGUGGUUCUAAGCCACAACUAAUAUUUCCUUGUCAGUGACACCUGUGGUUUUCCUCUGUUAAAUAUUUGAUUUGGAAAGAAAAACACGCAAGGUAGCUUUCACUCUUUGUGACUCUAAUUUAAAACCAAGCCUAUUCAUUUUUAAUAGGAAUCUAUGGCACUUAAGGACUAGUAAGUCAGUUUGUGGGUGAAUUAGCUGCCACUGUGCUGUUUUCUGUGUUUCAUAUGGCUUCUGCAUUUUAGAGCCAAUGUGUAUUUAGUGCCUACACAUCUCUUCGAAGAGUGUGAAAGGACUUGAAAGUAGACAGAAUAUUAGGUUGCUGAAUUUUGUUCUCCAGUAAUAUUCUGUGAUUUGUUUAUAAUAGUAACAAUAUUAAAUCUCUGAUUAGAGAGAAGUAGAACACUCCAUUUUUCUUCAGUGAUACUGCUUUUAUCUUACUCUCCACUAUUAGACUGCAGAGAGAGGAAAUAAGUGUUGGGGGAGUCAGUUUUUCUCAGUGGUUUUGUCUGCUUUCAGAAUUAUAUGUAAUCCUAUUAUUUUAAUCAUUCUCUUGGAAACUUGGACUUGGUGUUUCACUUGACUUUUUGAAAUGUCAAGAGUUAUUACCCUCUGUGUCAGCAGUGAUCAGUUUAACUGGCAUAUAAACUGAAUGGUGAAUCUGGAAAGCAGAUGCUCUCUUCACUCAUUUCACAGGUGCUUGGCAUGAAGUUUUAGUAAUUGACUUUUUAAUGUCAGGCAUCUCUUAGGAUAAGAUGGAUAUGCAGUGGCUUGCCUGAAAUCUCAGUCUCUUCAGGCACUUGAUGUGGGGAGCAGAACAAAAAGCCUAUCCAGAAUAACCAUGCUAAAAACAAAAGUCAGUGUUACCUGCAUACUUAAAGUAAUACUGUUUCAAAAUCUGGAGAUUUUGUUAUCACAUUUUCUGGAUUUUUUUUCACAAAAGAUAUAAAACAUAAGGUGAUGACUUGCAUCUCGAUGAAUGUUGACUGCAUUUAAAGCACAAAAUCUGCUUUCGGGUCAUCUUAAUUCUUCUUCCUACUUAUGCAAGCAUUGGUAUUCUCCUGUUUGUGAUGAAUCACUGUAGAAACCCAGGUGGGAGUGUUUAGAACAGAUAGUCAGCAUGUGUUGUUGCAAAAGACACAGGUAUUUUACAUAAUUAACUGCUUGGGGCAUUCAUGAAGAACAAGAAGCCCAUCUGGGCCUUAAACCAUGGUGAAAGAAUGGGCUGCCAAUUCAAAGUGAAAUCACCUGUUGCUAAUUUUCCUGCCUAGUUUGCCUUCCAUUCUUUUGAUGUGAUCGUCAGGGUUAUUUGCUAUAUCUUCAUGAUCAUUCUUUAAGAAGCUUUUCCUUCAUUGUUGGUGUUUCAUAAGGUUCCCUAGGAAGUUAGUCUGGAGAUGGAACGCAGGCUUUCAGACUGUCACUUCAAACCCCAAGAUGUGCAUUACUAACAGUGAGCUGCUGUUACUCCUCAUGGGGGUUAUUUGUAUUACAGAGUCCCGUGCUGUAUCAUACACUCUUCAGAAAGAUCCUAAGUGCGGGCAGAAAGUUCGUGAGACAAGACCAUGGAGUGACUUUAACCUUUUCACUCGGAUUGUUGGGGGGAACCAGGUGAAACAGGGCUCACAUCCAUGGCAGGUUUCCUUGAAACGAAGAGAAAAGCAUUUCUGUGGAGGCACCAUUGUUUCUGCUCAGUGGGUGGUCACGGCAGCUCACUGCGUCACAGACAGGAACCUACUCAAGUAUUUGAACGUCACUGCAGGAGAGCAUGACUUAAGAAUCAGGGAGAAUGGAGAGCAGACACUGCCUGUUAAAUAUAUCAUUAAACAUCCAAACUUUGACCCACGAAGGCCGAUGAACUAUGACAUAGCCCUUCUUAAGCUGGAUGGAACCUUCAACUUCAGUUCAUCAGUUUUGCCAGCAUGUCUUCCUGAUCCAGGUGAAAAAUUUGAAGCGGGUUAUAUCUGCACUACUUGUGGCUGGGGCCGUUUAAGAGAGAAUGGAGUGCUCCCUCAGGUUUUAUAUGAAGUCAAUCUACCAAUUCUAAAUAGUAGGGAAUGUUCAACAGCAUUGUCAACUUUAAAGAAGCCCAUCCAAGGUGACACUAUACUGUGUGCUGGAUUUCCAGAUGGAGGAAAAGAUGCCUGCCAGGGAGACUCUGGGGGUCCUCUCUUGUGCCAACGUAAGCACGGUGCCUGGAUUCUCGUUGGUGUGAUUUCCUGGGGGAUGGGAUGUGCUCGUGGCUGGAGAGGUAAUGAGAAGAAGAAACAUUAUGAAAGAGGGUCUCCUGGAAUAUUCACAGACCUCAGUGCAGUGCUUUACUGGAUUCAAGAAAAUAUGAGUGCUGAUCUGAAAAUGAAAAGUUCUACACCAUUUUGUAGUGUUCAGGAUGGCAAGCUCCCAGACAGUGAAGGAGAAUUAAAUUUUCCUGGAAGUUCUGAACAGUUCUAUCAAAACCAUCAGUUGUGUGUAUGGACUCUGUUUGUAUCAGAAGGAAAUUAUAUAUUGCUUCGUUUUUCCCACUUCGAUAUAGAGCUGGAAACGUUUUGCGAGUAUGAUUCUUUAUCAGUCUAUUCAAAAGACAACAGACUUGUUGGGAAAUUCUGUGGAGGAGAUCUUCCAUUGCCUAUUUUGAUUGGGUCCGACAAUAUAAGGCUGAAAUUUGUUUCUGACAACAAGGAUCAUGGAACUGGUUUUUCUAUGACUUAUAAAGCUCUUGCACCACGUAUCCAUCCUGAUUCUGGCUGUGAGUCCUUAGCUGUCCUUUUUGAAGAAGGAGUGUUGCAAAGUAUGCACUAUCCAGAGCACUACAGCAAUCUGGCAGACUGUCAAUGGAUUAUUUGUGCGCCAGAAGACCAUGUAAUAAAGCUUACAUACCAGUCUUUUGAAGUAGAAGAGAGUGAAGAUUGUUCUUAUGAUGCUGUUACUGUGUAUGAAGAUGUGGAAAAAGAAGAGGAAAUUGCUAGAUCAUGUGGGUUUCUCCUACCAGCGCCUGUUCUAAGCUCCUCUUCCAUGAUGCUGGUUGUCUUUCACUCUGAUGAAACAGAGAACUUUGAAGGAUUCAGAGCUACAAUCACUUUUGUACAUGUUACAGAUUUAGAUACCUUGGAUUCUGCUGGUGUGCAAGUAUUUGAAAAUACGAAUAUGACCGAGGAAGAACUGCAGGUUACAGCAGAUGAUGUUUGUGGAAUGCCUUCAAAUCAGCCGAGAUUCAUCUUCAGUAGGAUAAUUGGAGGUGAAGAGGCUGUACCACACUCAUGGCCUUGGCAGGUCAGCAUACAAAUUUCAGAUCAACAUAUCUGUGGAGGAGCAGUUGUUGCCAAAGAAUGGGUUGUCACAGCUGCUCACUGCUUUAAUUCUAAGGAACUCUUCAGAAACUUAUGGAUGGUGGUCACAGGAAUUCAUGAUCUUACAGAGCAAGAAUACAGACAGAAAAGAUCAGUAAAGCAAUAUAUUAUACAUCCGAGCUUUAACAAGAUCACUAUGGACUCUGACAUUGCUUUACUGCAACUGGCUGAGCCCUUAGAAUUCAACCACUAUGUGCAUCCUGUGUGUCUCCCUGCGAAGGAAGAAGUGGUUCAGCCCUCCAGCGUAUGCAUUGUCACAGGGUGGGGAGCACAGGAAGAAGAUAGGGAAAAGAAUAAAAAGUUGCACCAGCUGGAAGUUCCCAUCUUGAUGCUUGAAGCAUGUCAGACCUAUUACAUAAAUCUUCCGAGUAGAGUGACUCAGAGGAUGAUCUGUGCUGGGUUCCCUCUGGAAGAAGGCAAGGAUUCAUGCACAGGUGAUUCUGGUGGCCCAUUAGUUUGUCCUUCAAAAGAUGGCUCAGGAUUUUACACCCUUAAUGGAAUCACUAGCUGGGGCUUGGGCUGUGGAAGAAAGAGCUACCCAGGAGUAUACACAAAUGUUGGUGUUUUUGUGGACUGGAUCAAGCAGAGCAUUAACAGUAGCGAUCUGCCCGUUUUCAUGGUGUAACUGUCAAAAGAGUUGUGAUGGACUACACUGUAGAACGCUUCCAAAGUACAAAUGUCACUAAAAGCAAUUUGGUGAGAGCGUAUUAGUUUGUGACUGCUGAAGAGAUCAUGGAGUGGCUGAUACUUACCUUGAUCAAUUUACUGCUUAUUUUCCUGAUUGAGACCUCAACCUUACAUGUGUGUUCUUGGGAUAUACAUAAGUUACUUACAGGUUUCUGACACUGUCAAUCUAUACUAGAAGGAAGGAUAAGUCACCACAUACUGUAUGUCAAGCAUGCACUCAAAUGCAGCCCUGGAGAAAACAAAAAUCUAUGCAAAAUAGGCAUGUAUGUUAAACAACUGAAGUCAGUUAUCUUUCCCUAAGGUCAGUGAGAGUGUUAGUUCUGGCUCUGAGGAGACCCAGGCAGUGGUGGUACAUCUUUAAGGAUCAAAAUAACACUGUCUAGUGAUUAGUCGUGUAAAUCAAUCCAAUUGCUUGGAAAAUAGUAUUUUAAUAUGCACAAACGAUGGUCCUUAGAAGCCUGAUCUGACUGACUUGUGUAUCUAUUAUAAGAAUGAUUUGACUACGUUAUUUUCCUGUUACUGUAACAAUUUUUCUACAUGUAAUUGUGCCAAAAGAAUUUUGGUACUUGGGAAGGUGCCACCAAAAGCAGAAUAGAUAUAACUGUGUUCAAAACUGCUUGGGCUUUUGGGAUGUAAGGAAGGUUCAGUAGGAGAGCCUGGGUCACUCACAUGAGAACCUUCUGGUCUGCCUACCUGGUGGAAUCAUCCAUCGAUGUGAAUCCCCAUGAAGAAGCCCAGCUUGUGUAUAAGAUUGUGCAAGAUUUUACCAUCUUGUUAGAUUAGAAUUCCAGUGAAAGGCAUUUUUUGGGCAUUAAGUGACUUGUUAUCAAUGUAGGAAAUUCAACACAGUAAGGGCUGUGCUUGGUGCAAACACUCAUCUCUAUGACCCACAGCUUUUCAAUAACCUGGGGUACUGAGUAUGUUUCUCGUGCUUGAUCUAAGGUUUCCCUUACAUCAACCAUGGUCCCAUUUUAAAUGUUUUAAAUCAGUUACGUACAGUAUGUUAUUUUAGGUCUGUUAAUCUUAGCAGUGGAAGUAUUGACAGAAAUCUGAAGGAAGCCUCGAUGACCUGAUGAAAACAUUUAUAGCGUGGUGUUGCUAUAUUCUGUUCCAAAUUUCUGUAUUGAAGAAAAGUUGGUGUUUUGAUUAAAAAGUAACAUCACCUUUUCUGGAUAAGAAAACUUCCUAUUUUAACAAAUUGCUUGUUGUUCAAACAGAGGUGUUCAAAAAGACAGGUGGUCCAGGCCAGCAGCCUCUGGCAGCAUGCAGUAACUGGCAAAUGUCCUAAUUAAUCUAUCCGUAUAAUCAAAGAGGUACUGUGUAAUUCACACGCUUCAAAGUGAGCACAUCUGCUUGUAAAUAGCAAUUUGUUUAAUGCCUAAAUGGCUGCUUGCACUCGAAAUUGUGAUGAUAGGCUCCAAUUAGAUUUGCAGGCUGUGCUGUGCACGGCUGUAGGUUUAGAAACUAGAUCAGUAUGGAUAGCAUAAUAGGUGACGUGAGUAUAAUCCUUUGACUCAAUGGCCUGGAAAACAGCUAGGAGGGAAGUAAGAUACCUUGUCUCUGCUGAUAUUAGUGGCAAAACAUUUUGUGUCCAGAUGUAAAGUCCUCAGUACAGGAGAGAUGGGGACCUCAUGAAGCAUGUCCAGGGGAAGGCCACAAGAAUGAAAAUACUGCAUGGUGAGAGGACGAAUUCAAAGAUGCAUAAGGCAUAGUUGUGUUAUUGACAGAGUAUGCUUGUUCCAUCUCCGAGCUCUUGGAAGGGACUCCUGAAAAGGAAAGGAGGGGAAAUAUCCUUUGUGGUUUUUCGUUGUAGAAGUUUGUUAUUGUUUGGUUCUGGGGGGAGUUGCUGUUUGCUGAUGCAUCAAGUGUAACUGCUAGAAGUUGGGGUGCCUCAUCUCUUGGAUGUGGUUCUGUUUUACUUAAUGGGAACAGGAGGACUUAAAGUACCUGUGAAGUUGUUUUUCUGUUUGUUUGUUGUUCUGCUUAUUAAACAAAUACAAGAAAUAACUAGUUUUUAAAAAGUGCAGAAAACCAACCCUAAACCAAGAAAAAGCAGCGAUGGGGGAACUGCAGGUGGUAUCUGCUGCACCCCUAUUGAAUGCAAUGGACAUAUGGAUAGAUGCAGAGCUAACAUCACUUAAAAUGCCUUAUGUGUGUUAGGAGCCCUAUCUUCCUGUAUUUGAUUUGAUUAUUACAGUACUUAUUUUUACUUGGCUGCAUGACGCCAACCUUUUGCAUUUCUGCUGGUGGUUUCUCAGGUAAUCUCAUUUUGCUGUUGUUAUAUCUUUCUAGGCUAUUGAAAACUUCAAGGAUCUUUUAUCAAUAAAAGAAGCGUGAACUGUUUUGGGAUGCAAAUAAAAUCUGAUAGAAGAAAUUAAAAACAAUGCUUUCAAUUGAGUUAAUGCAGUGGGAUUGUAUUUUGGCUUGGACUCUUGUGUAAAUGUUGUACACUUUAUUCUGACCUGUGGAACAGCACUCAGAGACUCACAGAGAAUAUGAAUGUAAGGUAGUUUUAUUAGAUUUAAGGUUUAUACCUUACAAUAUGCAGGCUCAUAAUACUGCAAACUGAAAAAA